UAGUUUAAAUGUUACAACCAAUGGCUUGGUUAAAAGAUUAAUUCACAUUACAAGAAUCGACGGGCUUUGUUAGGCCUUGGAUUCUCCGUUCUCAAAUACGCCAACCUUGUCAAUCUCAAAUUCCAAUCAUAUAAUAUAGAAUAUAGAGCUAGCGACACAAAUACAUAUUAAUACACUAUUGUUUGCCAAAUACUAUAUAAUCGCUCUCUGUUGUUUAUUCUGGAUCCUUAAACCUCCACUUGAAGCUACGUGGUUAUAUAUUCUGGGAAUACAUGCAUAUAUAGAACAGUAUAUAUAUCAGAAAUGAGUCACCUACCAUCAAACUUGUUGCCCGUUGACGGAAGCCCAGAGUGGAUGAACAGGGGUGACAACACGUGGCAGCUGACGUCAGCUACUCUGGUGGGCCUGCAAAGCGUUCCGGGCCUGGUCAUCCUCUACGGCAGCAUAGUGAAGAAGAAAUGGGCUUUGAACUCUGCCUUCAUGGCCCUCUACGCUUUUGCGGCGGUUCUUGUUUGUUGGGUUGGGUGGUGCUACAAAAUGUCAUUCGGCGAGAGGAUCCUUCCAUUUCUGGGACAGCCAAACACGGCCUUGGACCGGGAAUUCGUUUUUCGCAAAACUUUUGCUGGGGAAUUUCCCAACGCCACCAUGGUGUACUUUCAGCUGGUUUUUGCUGCCAUCACGUUGAUUCUCAUAGCGGGGGCGUUGCUUGGGAGAAUGAACUUUUAUGCAUGGAUGUUGUUUGUUCCAUUAUGGGUUACGUUCUCUUACACCAUUUGUGCCUUCAGUAUAUGGAGCACCGAUGGAUGGUUGUUCAAGAUGGGCCUCAUUGAUUAUUCUGGUGGCUUUGUUAUUCACCUUUCUUCUGGGGUUGCUGGUUUCGUCGCAGCAUGUUGGGUAGGACCAAGGGCAGUGAAGGACAGAGAGAGGUUCCCUCCAAACAACAUACUUCUGAUGCUGGCUGGGGCUGGCUUACUAUGGAUGGGUUGGUCUGGAUUCAACGGUGGAGAUCCAUACGCAGCCAGCAUAGAUGCAUCUCUGGCCGUGCUUAACACCCACGUGUGCACAGCAAUGAGCUUGUUGACUUGGCUUUUCCUUGACAUCCUCUUCUUUGGAAAACCUUCCGUCAUUGGUGCCACUCAAGGCAUGAUCACUGGCCUUGUUUGCAUCACCCCUGCUGCCGGUACCAUAUGCCCACGUGUGGUGCAAGGUUGGGCAGCAAUCAUAAUGGGAAUGAUGUCCGGAAGCAUCCCAUGGUACACAAUGAUGGUCCUGCACAAAGAAAGUAAGCUCCUCAAACAAGUUGAUGAUACUCUAGCAGUUUUCCACACCCAUGCCGUGGCUGGUAGCCUAGGUGGCAUUUUGGCUGGUUUUUUUGCUGACCCUAAGCUUUGUUAUCUCUUCUAUGGAGUAGAAGAUUCCCUACAUUAUACGGGUCUUGUUUAUGGCAUAUUCAAUGGGAGGCCAAAUGCAGGGUUCAGGCAAAUGAUGGUUCAGCUUCUUGGCAUUGUGUUUGUGAUACUUCUCAAUGUCACCACAACUAGCAUUGUGUGCUUGUUGGUUAGGAUCAUAGUUCCACUUAGGCUGAGUGAAGAUGACUUGCAAGUUGGGGAUGAAGCAGUCCAUGGCGAAGUUGCAUAUGCAUUGUGGGGUGAUGGAGAGAAGCUUGAGACUGCUACUGAGCCUUUGACAUCUGAAAAGAAUCUUGAAUGGCCAACUGUGGAACUAAGAACUUAAUUCGAGUGAUGCUCAAUUAAUGGAAUGAACUCAAUGAAGGAUAAAAUAUUCUAGCUCUUUUGUUGGUUUUGUGAUUGUUUGAGAGGGAGAUAUUAAAAUAAGGAUCAGUAAUCUAGUAUUACUAGUAAGAAGAGAAUUUGGUUCCUCUGUGAUUGUUGUUGCAAUGCCAGGAUGUCAAUUGCAAGAUGACCCGUUGUAGAUUUGCUUAAUGAAAUAAUGAUGUUUAUUUAA